AUAUAUAUAUAUAUUAACAAUUAAUUAACAAUGAACAUGAGUGUAUAUCAUGAUUUACAUGAGUUUGAUAGUCGAAAUAUUAUAACAAUUCAAUCUCUUUUUAAGGCGAAAGGCAAGAGUCUAAUUUAAGUGAGCAGCUAUUAUAUAUUUUGUCAAUUCUUUUAAUGGUGGUAACAUUUCCAAUAUCAAUGGCUUAUGUUUGGAUAUGUCCAAAAGAAUAUGAGCGUGUAGUGAUAUUCAGACUCGGACGUUUAAGAGAAGAUAAAACUUACGGUCCUGGCUUAGUAUUUUAUUUGCCAUGUAUCGAUGAUUUCCUGAAAAUUGAUCUGCGCACUUUCUCGCUUGAUGUACCGCCUCAAGAAAUUCUAACAAAAGAUUCAGUUACUAUAUAUUGUGAUGCUGUUGUUUUUCAUAGAAUUGAAAAGCCUUUGUUGGCAGUAAUACAGGUGGAACGUGUAGGAAAGGCAACACAGUUAUUAGCACAAACUACUUUACGAAAAGUUGCUGGAACUAAAAUGCUUGUAGAACUUUUAACUGAUAGGGAGGCAAUUGCGAAUGAAGUUAGUGUAAUAUUAGAUGAAGGUACUACUCCAUGGGGAGUUAAAGUAGAACACGUAGAAAUUAAAGACGUUCGCAUACCACGUGAUUUACAAAGAGCAUUGGCAGCAGAAUCAGAAGCUAUUCGCAUGGCUAAAGCAAAAAUCGUUGCUGCUGAAGGUGAAUUAAAAGCGUCAUUAACACUUAAGGAAGCAUCAGAUAUAAUGUCUGAGAAUACGAUGACCGUCCAGCUACGUUACCUACAAACAUUAUGCGCAAUUGCUGGAGAGAGAAAUCAUACAAUUAUAUUUCCAUUCCCGACUGAUUUUCUAAAUAAUCUAUUUAAAAAUUAAAAAAUAUAU